AUGACUGACAGUGUAACGAUAUCUCUGCUCCCAGUAUCUCUCUCCCUGGUCCAUCUACCUCGGUCACGCCUAGAAACGCUUUCCCAGCACGUUCUCCGUCAGAUUCUGCAGCCCAGUCCUAUUUUUCUGAACGUUACUUGCAACGAGAUCGAGCUUAGCCUGUUUGCCGAACGACAUGCCCUCAAGGACUUCGAAAAGAUAGCUAGGAAAGAUGCACAGAAGUUGAGGUCGCGAAGAAGAGAGGAGGGAGGUGAAACACAUCCCACCCAAGAUCACAAAAGGAGCAAAAGACAGAAGGAGGAUUGGGAGCCUGUCGAGGUUUCGUCCGACAAGUGGAAUGUACUCCAAAUUGACUCUCAUUCGGAUCGCCUGGACACUUCGGGUGCUCGCGUACAUGAGCUGUCUGCUCCUCUGGCCGCAGCGGGUAUAUCAAUCCUGUACCAGUCAUCUUACAUGUGCGAUUUCAUCUUCGUAAAAUCCUAUCGUCUCUCGGAAGUGAUGUCUCUUCUCGCCUCUGCCGGUUUUGACCUAUAUUCUUCCGAUCCCUACAACCUCACCGCCCAGCUUUCUACUUUCACCUCGCCAAUGCUCUCCCCCACCAGGGAAGAUAUUUCGUCGAUCAAUAUUUUGGAUUUGGCGACGGCGCAAGUGCAACGCCAUGGCAUUGAUCCUGAAGGUGGGGCUGUAUUCUCCCGCUCACGGAGCAACACGAACUCCAGCAGCUCCAGCUCGGGCGGCAGAACGGUACCACAGAACCUGCACGUAUCGAGCCAACGCGAUUUCGAAGACGAUAGCCCUGCUAACCAGGUACCCGAACGUCCGGAUGCAAAGCAAGAAAGAGCGGCCCAGAGCCGCUCGCAGUCGCACUCGCCGUCCGGGUGUGAGGUGCGCGUCCUGGAGCCCGAUCUCACGUACGUCGGGCUAUCGGACGAUAGCGUGGAAAUGUGGGGGCUCAAGAUCGUCAAGCUCGUGGCAUUUCCUGAGUUGAUUGUGCCGGUUAGGCGAGGGAGCGGAGGCGAAAGCAGCUCGUCCGCUGCCUCGCAUGGCCGUCAUGUGUCUCCUUCGCCGGAGCAUCCUGCCCUCGAUCAGGUCCCGGAGCCCGUACACUUACCAACCAUCGGCCUCUCCGAUGAUGUUGAUGCUGUGCCGUUUCACAUAAACGUCGCAAGUGACGGAGAGAAAGGGAACGGGAGCGGGAGCGACACCACGACACGCGUUGGGCCCGAUUCACCGAAAGGUGACCCUGCGUUCGACAUGUCGCCUGUAUCGCCCCUGUUUGAGACGAGGAACGGGAAGGUCUGGGAAGACGUUUUCGACCUAGAGGACUCGAGCGACGAAGAGGACCAUCGUUCCAAGAGCCCCAGCGAAGAGGCCCACAAGCGGGAGACCUCAGAAGUACUUGCUGCAGCAGGCCAGACUAGGCCUUUCCUUCCACACCUUGAGACUCUCAAGCCUGCUCAUGACCACUCACGCUCUGCAUCAACAUCUUCGACGUCAUCCGCCGUGUCGACACCUCCCCUUCUCGUCCCUUUCUUCUCCUUCACCCGCACGUCUGAGGGCUCGUCACUUACUGCUCCAGUAUCUCUGCUCGCCGCGCUCUUCCCGCCUAGCGAGAGGCAUAUGGUGAUUUGCAGUGACGAGCUUGACAUCUUGGAUUCUCGCGUUUCCUCACCCAUCACGCCGGAAGGGCCUGAGGUCGGGGAAUCGGAGGAUCACGACGACGAACGGAACGGUGCUCAAGGCCCGUUGCGAUGUCUGCAGAUCGACUUGCGGAAGUUUGGGUUAGACAAGCAUGGACUUGUGAAUCGGUAUUCCCGCACACUCGAAGAGAACGGCAUAAACCACAUGUACAGUUCGACGUACAAGACCGCGAACCUGCUCGUCGACAAAGCGCACGCGAGCCGCGCGCAGGCUCUGCUGCGCUCUUGCUGA